GGCGAAGCAGCAGCGGCGGCGGCGGCGGCGGCUGGAGUGAGCUCCCAGCUCGCCGCGCCGAGCGAGGUCCCGGGGUAGGGACGCGCGCCGGGGCCGCGUCCUGCUCCUCAGGCCCGGGGGCGCUCCGGCUACCACGCUCCGCCAGCUUCUGGUGGUUUCCUAGAAACAUGAUUGUUUGUUGGACUUGAUCUCACAGCCUGGUGAGGACUUCUUUACUGAUAAUGUCAAGUUCAGGUUAUCCUCCCAACCAAGGAGCAUUCAGCACAGAACAAAGUCGUUAUCCUCCCCACUCGGUUCAGUACACCUUUCCCAGCACGCGUCACCAGCAGGAAUUUGCAGUCCCUGAUUAUCGUUCUUCUCAUCUUGAAGUCAGCCAGGCAUCACAGCUCCUGCAGCAGCAGCAGCAGCUUCGCAGACGACCCUCCCUGCUCUCAGAAUUUCACCCGGGUUCUGACAGGCCUCAAGAAAGGAGAACUGGCUAUGAACAGUUUCACCCGGGGCCAUCCCCCGUGGAUCAUGAUUCACUGGAAUCCAAGCGACCACGUCUGGAGCAGGUUUCCGAUCCCCAUUUCCAGCGUGUCAGCGCUGCGGUCUUACCUGUAGUGCACACACUGCCAGAAGGGUUGAGGUCUUCUGCGGAUGCUAAGAAGGAUCCAGCAUUUGGAGGCAAACAUGAAGCUCCAUCCUCUCCAAUCUCUGGGCAAGCCUGUGGAGAUGAUCAAAAUGCUUCACCUUCAAAACUUUCAAAGGAAGAGUUAAUACAGAGUAUGGAUCGUGUAGAUCGAGAAAUUGCAAAAGUAGAACAGCAGAUCCUUAAACUGAAAAAGAAACAACAACAGCUGGAAGAAGAAGCAGCUAAACCUCCUGAGCCUGAGAAGCCUGUGUCCCCUCCUCCCGUGGAGCAGAAACACCGCAGUAUCGUCCAAAUUAUUUAUGAUGAGAAUCGGAAAAAAGCAGAAGAGGCUCAUAAAAUAUUUGAAGGUCUUGGCCCAAAAGUUGAACUGCCACUCUAUAACCAGCCAUCGGAUACCAAGGUGUAUCAUGAGAACAUCAAGACUGGAGUACCUGCAAGGCGCAUGAUGAAAAACCAGGUGAUGAGGAAAAAACUCAUUUUAUUUUUUAAAAGAAGAAAUCAUGCAAGAAAACAAAGGGAACAAAAAAUCUGCCAGCGUUAUGAUCAGCUCAUGGAGGCAUGGGAGAAAAAAGUGGACAGAAUAGAAAAUAACCCCCGGAGGAAAGCUAAAGAAAGCAAAACAAGGGAGUACUAUGAAAAGCAGUUUCCAGAAAUUCGAAAACAGAGAGAACAACAAGAAAGAUUUCAGCGAGUUGGGCAGAGGGGAGCUGGUCUUUCAGCCACCAUUGCUAGGAGUGAGCAUGAGAUUUCUGAAAUUAUUGAUGGGCUUUCUGAGCAGGAGAAUAAUGAGAAACAAAUGCGGCAGCUCUCUGUGAUCCCGCCUAUGAUGUUUGAUGCAGAACAGAGACGGGUCAAGUUCAUUAACAUGAAUGGCCUCAUGGAAGACCCUAUGAAAGUUUAUAAAGAUAGGCAGUUUAUGAAUGUUUGGACUGACCACGAGAAGGAGAUCUUUAAGGACAAGUUUAUCCAGCAUCCAAAAAACUUUGGGCUAAUUGCAUCAUACUUGGAAAGGAAGAGUGUUCCUGAUUGUGUUUUAUAUUACUACUUAACCAAGAAAAAUGAGAAUUAUAAAGCCCUAGUAAGAAGGAAUUAUGGAAAACGCAGAGGAAGAAACCAGCAGCAAAUUGCCCGACCCUCACAAGAAGAAAAAGUAGAGGAAAAAGAAGAAGAUAAAGCAGAAAAAACAGAAAAAAAAGAAGAGGAAAAGAAAGAUGAAGAAGAAAAAGAUGAAAAGGAGGACUCCAAAGAAAAUACUAAGGAAAAGGACAAGACGGAAGGUACAGCAGAAGAAACAGAGGAGAGAGAGCAGGCCACUCCCCGGGGACGAAAGACUGCCAACAGUCAGGGCCGCAGAAAGGGCCGCAUCACCAGGUCCAUGACCAACGAAGCGGCGGCGGCCAGUGCUGCGGCUGCUGCGGCCACCGAGGAGCCCCCGCCGCCUCUGCCACCACCACCAGAACCCGUUUCCACAGAGCCUGUAGAAACCUCUCGAUGGACAGAAGAAGAAAUGGAAGUUGCUAAAAAAGGUCUUGUAGAACAUGGUCGUAACUGGGCAGCAAUUGCCAAAAUGGUGGGAACUAAAAGUGAAGCGCAAUGCAAAAACUUCUAUUUUAACUAUAAAAGGCGACACAAUCUUGACAACCUUUUGCAACAGCAUAAACAGAAAACUUCACGAAAGCCCCGUGAAGAGCGAGACGUGUCCCAGUGCGAAAGUGUAGCUUCCACUGUUUCUGCUCAGGAGGACGAAGAUAUUGAAGCUUCUAAUGAAGAAGAAAAUCCAGAAGACAGCGAAGGUUUUGUGGAAAAUGAGGCCCGUGUGGCAGGAAUGAAGAGAAUACUGGAGCAGCAGAGUUUUGGUGCUGAAAAUAGUUCUGAUACAGAAAGUGCUCCUUCUCCUUCACCAGUUGAAGCUGUCAAGCCCAGCGAAGAUAGCACUGACAAUGCAACUUCUCGAGGAAACACCGAACCUGGGGCCGAGCUCGAGUCCACCACGGAACCCGCACCCAGUGCAUCUCCCUCCUCCGCAGCUCAGAGUGCAAAACCCGUGGAAAGUGAAAGUGUGGAGACACAGGUGAGCGACAGCAUCCCCGCGGAGGCAGCAGAGCCGAUGGACGUUGAGCGUCAGGAGCACAGUGCUGAAGUGCCUUCCGUUAUCGAUCUCCCCAUGACGACCAAAUCAGACUCUGGAGACGUCGAGAUGAGGGCACCGGAAAACAACCCAUCUAAAGUCGAAGGUGAUACCAAAGAAAGAGACCUAGAGAGAGCCAGCGAGAAGUCGGAGCCUAGAGAUGAGGAUUUGGUGGUGGCCCAGCAGAUAGGCGCCCAGAGGCCGGAGCCCCAGUCGGACAAUGACUCUAGCGCCACCUGCAGUGCGGACGAAGAUGUGGAUGGAGAGCCCGAGAGGCAGAGACUGUUUCCUAUGGACUCAAAGCCUUCAUUGUUAAACCCCCCUGGAUCUCUGUUGGUCUCAUCCCCAAUAAAACCAAAUCCACUGGACCUGCCGCAGCUUCAGCACAGAGCUGCCGUUAUCCCGCCAAUGGUUUCCUGUACCCCAUGUAAUAUACCAAUUGGAACCCCAGUGAGCGGCUAUGCCCUCUACCAGCGACACAUUAAAGCAAUGCACGAAUCCGCACUCCUGGAAGAACAGCGGCAGAGGCAAGAGCAGAUAGAUCUGGAAUGCAGGAGUUCCACCAGUCCCUGUGGUGCCGCCAAGAGUCCAAACAGAGAAUGGGAAGGAAAAUCAGUCGCCUAUAUGCCUUAUGCUGAGGUCAGACGUGCCCUAGAGCAGGAAACACAGAUGCACAAUACCGCAGCAAGGUCAGCCUCACCGUGUAGGCUCUCUCCAAGAGAAGCCAGUAAAGCCACUCUGCAGCCUGGUAUGAGUGCAGCCCGCUCUAGUGUCCCUCCAGUCCUGCAGCCUGCUCCACAUCAAGUGAUAACGAACCUCCCUGAAGCGGUUCGCCUUCCCACAACUCGACCCACCAGGCCACCUCCGCCUCUCAUCCCAUCAUCCAAAACCACAGUGGCUUCGGAGAAACCAUCUUUUAUCCUGGGAGGCUCCAUCUCACAGGGAACACCUGGCACUUAUUUGACAUCUCAUAAUCAGACUUCCUACACUCCAGAAGCAGCUAAGCCCUCAGUGGGCUCUAUCUCUCUUGGACUGCCGCGGCAGCAGGAAUCUGCCAAAUCAGCUACCGUGCCCUACAUCAAGCAGGAAGAAUUUUCUCCCCGAAGCCAAAACUCGCAGCCUGAAGGUCUCUUGGUCAGGGCACAACACGAAGGAGUGGUCAGAGGUACCACGGGAGCCAUUCAAGAAGGAAGUAUAACUCGGGGAACGCCAACCAGCAAAAUUUCCAUGGAAGGCAUCCCGUCCCUGCGGGGCUCCAUCACUCAGGGUACCCCAGCACUGUCACAGGCCGGCAUACCAACUGAGGCGUUGGUGAAGGGAUCCAUUUCUAGAAUGUCCAUUGAGGAGAGCAGUCCUGAGAAAGGCAGAGAGGAGGCCGCAUCAAAAGGUCAUGUUAUUUAUGAAGGCAAAAGUGGACACAUCUUAUCCUACGACAAUAUUAAGAAUGCCCGAGAAGGCACAAGGAGUCCAAGAACAGCUCACGAAAUCAGUUUAAAAAGAAGCUAUGAAUCAGUGGAAGGAAAUAUAAAGCAAGGGUUGUCAAUGAGGGAGUCUCCUGUGUCAGCCCCGUUGGAGGGGCUGAUAUGCCGAGCAUUACCCAGGGGGAGCCCUCAUUCCGACCUCAAAGAAAGGACUGUGCUGUCUGGGUCCAUAAUGCAGGGCACACCAAGAGCGACCACAGACAGUUUCGAAGACGGUCUUAAAUAUCCCAAACAGAUUAAAAGGGAGAGUCCUCCCAUACGAGCAUUUGAAGGUGCCAUUACCAAAGGAAAACCAUAUGACGGCAUUACCACCAUCAAAGAAAUGGGGCGUUCCAUUCAUGAGAUUCCACGGCAAGAAAUUUUAACUCAGGAAAGCCGAAAAACUCCAGAAGUGGUCCAGAGCACAAGGCCAAUAAUCGAGGGUUCCAUCUCCCAGGGUACACCGAUAAAGUUUGACAGCAACUCAGGGCAAUCUGCCAUCAAACACAAUGUCAAAUCCUUAAUCACGGGGCCCAACAAACUCCCCCGGGGAAUGCCUCCCCUGGAAAUUGUGCCGGAAAACAUAAAGGUGGUAGAGCGGGGAAAAUACGAGGACGUGAAAGCAGGCGAGCCGGUGCGUUCCCGACACACGUCGGUGGUGAGCUCUGGCCCCUCCGUCCUCCGGUCAGCGCUUCAUGAGGCUCCCAAGGCACAGCUGAGCCCGGGGCUUUACGAGGACAGCAGCGCCCGGCGGACCCCUGUGAGUUACCAGAACACCAUGUCCAGAGGCUCGCCUAUGAUGAGCAGAACGUCUGAUGUUACGAUUUCCUCUAGCAAGUCUACCAAUCACGAAAGAAAAUCGACCCUGACCCCCACCCAGAGGGAAAGUAUACCAGCAAAGUCUCCGGUACCUGGCGUGGACCCCGUCGUCAGCCACAGCCCGUUUGAUCCCCACCACAGGGGCAGUGCCACAGGCGAGGUGUAUCGGAGCCAUCUGCCCACACACUUGGAUCCCACCAUGCCGUUUCACAGGGCUCUGGAUCCUGCAGCCGCUGCUUACCUGUUUCAGAGACAGCUCUCCCCAACCCCAGCUUACCCCAGUCAGUACCAGCUUUAUGCAAUGGAGAACACCAGACAGACAAUCCUCAACGACUACAUUACCUCACAGCAGAUGCAAGUGAACCUGCGCCCAGAUGUGGCCAGAGGCCUCUCCCCACGGGAGCAGCAGCUGGGCCUCCCGUACCCAGCAACAAGGGGAAUCAUCGACCUGACCAACAUGCCUCCAGCGAUUUUAGUGCCUCAUCCAGGGGGAACAAGCACUCCUCCCAUGGACAGAAUCACUUAUAUUCCUGGAACGCAGAUUACCUUCCCACCCAGGCCAUACAACUCCGCAUCUAUGUCUCCAGGACACUCGACGCACCUCGCAGCGGCCGCGAGUGCUGAGCGGGAGCGGGAGCGGGAGAAGGAGCGGGAGCGGAUCGCCGCGGCCGCGUCCUCGGACCUCUACCUUCGGUCAGGCUCAGAACAGCCAGGCCGACCUGGCAGUCAUGGAUAUGUCCGCUCCCCGUCCCCUUCGGUGAGAGCCCAGGAGACCAUGUUGCAGCAAAGACCCAGUGUAUUCCAGGGAACCAAUGGAACCAGCGUCAUCACACCCUUGGAUCCAAGCGCUCAGCUCCGAAUCAUGCCGCUGCCCGCCGGGGGCCCGUCAAUAAGCCAAGGCCUGCCGGCCUCCCGCUACAGCACCGCUGCGGAUGCCCUGGCUGCCCUUGUGGACGCCGCAGCCUCUGCCCCCCAGAUGGAGGUUUCCAAAACUAAAGAGAGUAAGCAUGAAGCUACCAGGUUAGAAGAAAAUUUGAGGAGCAGGUCAGCAGCAGUUAGUGAGCAGCAGCAGCUAGAGCAGAAAAGCCUGGAGGCGGAGAAGAGACCCGUUCAGUGUCUGUACACUCCUGCAGCCUUUCCAAGUGGCAAGCCCCAGCCCCAUUCCUCAGUAGUUUACUCUGAGGCUGGGAACGAGAAAGGGCCGCCUCCAAAGUCCAGAUAUGAGGAAGAGCUAAGGACCCGAGGGAAGACUACCAUUACCGCAGCUAACUUCAUAGACGUGAUCAUCACCCGGCAGAUUGCCUCGGACAAGGAUGCGAGGGAACGUGGCUCUCAAAGUUCAGACUCUUCUAGUAGCUUAUCUUCUCAUCGGUAUGAAGCCGCCGGCGAUGCUAUUGAGGUGAUCAGCCCUGCUAGCUCCCCUGCGCCGCCCCAGGAGAAGCUGCAGGCCUAUCAGCCAGACGUGGCCAAGGCAAAUCAAGCGGAAGGUGAAGCCACCAGACAGUACGAAGGACCAUUACAUCACUACCGACCCCAGCAGGAACCGCUGUCCCCACAACAGCAGCUGCCUGCCUCCUCACAGGCCGACGGGGUGGGCCAAGUGCCCAGGACCCAUCGCCUGAUCACACUUGCUGAUCACAUCUGUCAAAUUAUCACACAAGAUUUUGCUAGAAAUCAAGUUUCCUCACAGCCUUCCCAGCAGCCUCCCACUUCUACAUUCCAAAAUUCGCCAUCUGCUCUGGUCUCCACACCUGUGCGGACUAAAACAUCAAACCGUUAUAGCCCAGAAUCCCAGUCUCAGUCUGUCCACCAUCAAAGACCAGGGUCAAGGGUUUCUCCAGAAAAUCUAGUGGACAAAGCCAGAGGAAGGCCUGGAAAAUCCCCAGAGAGGAGUCACGUCUCUUCCGAGUCCUACGAGCCCAUCUCCCCGCCCCAGGUUCCAGUUGUGCAUGAGAAACAGGACAGCAUGCUGCUACUAUCUCAGAGAGGAGCCGAGCCUGCGGAACAGAGGAAUGAUUCCCGCUCGCCAGGGAGUAUAAGCUACUUGCCUUCCUUCUUCACCAAGCUUGAAAACACGUCUCCCAUGGUUAAAUCAAAGAAGCAGGAGAUUUUUCGUAAGUUGAACUCCUCUGGUGGAGGUGACUCUGAUAUGGCAGCCGCCCAGCCGGGGACGGAGAUCUUCAACCUGCCGGCGGUCACCUCGUCAGGCUCCGUUAGCUCUAGAGGUCACUCUUUCGCUGAUCCUGCCAGUAAUCUGGGCCUGGAGGACAUUAUCAGGAAGGCGCUCAUGGGAAGCUUUGACGACAAGGCAGAGGAGCACGGGGUCGUCCUGUCCCAGCCGGUGGGUGUGAUGCCUGGCGGGGCCAACACCUCCGUGGUGACCAGUGGUGAGACUCGGAGAGAGGAAGGGGACCCGUCACCUCAUUCAGGAGGAGUUUGCAAACCAAAGCUGAUCAGCAAGUCAAACAGCAGGAAAUCUAAGUCUCCCAUCCCUGGGCAAGGCUACUUAGGAACUGAGAGGCCCUCCUCCGUCUCCUCUGUACACUCAGAAGGGGAUUACCACAGGCAGACGCCAGGGUGGGCCUGGGAAGACAGGCCCUCUUCAACAGGCUCAACUCAGUUCCCGUACAACCCCCUGACCAUGCGGAUGCUCAGCAGCACCCCGCCCACGCCCAUCGCGUGCGCCCCCGCGUCGGCGGCCCAGGCGGCCCCACACCCGCAGAACCGGCUCUGGGAGCGGGAGCCGGCGCCACUGCUGUCGGCGCAGUACGAGACGCUGUCGGACAGCGACGACUGAGCACGCGGGGAAGGCGGGCUCGGUGGCGCCGAGGGGUGGGGUGAGGGGCUCUCGUUUGGGGUGGUUUUGUUUUUAAUGGCGGGUAACAAACCUGUCCUCCUCUGACUGGUGCCCAGAGACUUUUCAGGAGAGCCUGGACCACGGACGAUGAAGAAAUGAUGGAAACGUAUUUGGAGAGUCAGACUGGGGGAGGGGCUGGGGGGGCUGCCUUGGAUACAGGCACUUCGGUGGAUUCGAAUAGUGGAGGGUUGAGAUGUAGAGUUUUUAAGAAGUGGACAAUUCCUGUUCCUACAUCUGUUUGUAAAGAAAACCAUAAUGUCUUUAAAUCACUCUUCUGUAAAUAGAUGACCUUUUUUGCAGUGUUUCCCCUUGCUGUAGUAUCUGGUGUACUUAUGUUCAAAUCAGCGCAUCAACUUUGGGGGGGGGGCGGGGAUUUUAAAAAACAGACUCCGCACCUUUUUAACCCUUGCCUUCUAAAUGACCUCAUACAGCCCAGUUACAUAACGUUGGCUGUCACGGGCAUUGUACUUUUAUCCAGUUUUGUCUCCUCCAAAUUCAGAUUUCCGGUGAUGUUUCAGAUCUUGUGGAAAUGUUUAGAUUUUUAACACAGACCCUGUUGUGAAAUCUGUACAUUACGUUAUUAGGGUCAAAGGUAAGAGAAACAAAAUUCUGCCAUACUGUAAAUUUCCAAUGCAGGCUUUAAUUUUUUUUAAUUAGUAGCACUGAAAAAAUAUUACUGCAUGGGUAUGUUAUAGUUCCGUUUCUAAAGUUUAAAAAAAAAAAAGGCUUGAGACAUCCCUCACUGUUAUGCACACUGGUGACGUAGCCACACCCCUAAGUAUCCUUUUCCUUCUGCAUCUGAUGCAGCCCAACAGAGCUUUUGUUUUGAAAUAAAUCUGACUACCCUGUCCAUAGCUACACAGAUCAUGUGUGAUUUAAGGCUCUUAAUGUCUCAGGUUUCAAAGGAAAAACUAGUAUCUUGUCUUUAGGUUGCUCGGUAUUGGCUGAGCUGGAAGUUAACGACCUGAGUCGAAUGUUCGUCUGUUAGGUGCACUGUGUUCUGGUCCUGAGGCCUCAUGGUGAACAUGCGGUUUGGUCCCUUCCCAUUUGCCACAUGCCAGUACUCCCUUUGAGUCUUUGUGGGCAAGAGUUUAUGGUUGAAUCUUUUCAUUUCACUGAAUCUCAAGGUAUGAAUACCUUAAAAAGAGUGAAUUUUAAACUAAUUAUGGUACUAAAGGGUCCGUUUCAUCCUUAAUAAUUGCUUGUUGAAUUGUGAGAUUUUUUUCUCCAUCCAACUUAAGCAGAGCCUUGAAGCAUCCUUCUGGAGCAGGAGGAAAGGGACUGUUCCGGAGGGACGCCACUGAAGAUGAGAAUGGGGAGAGACUGAGGUCUCUGCAGAGAAUACAAAUUAGCACUUUAUGGACUAAAUAGAUCUAAACUUUUUAACAGAAAUACUCGAGACUCUAGAGAAAGCAGGUGUACAAUAACCACUGACUGCCUCCUGGCCUGCCCGAGACUCUCGAAGGGCCCUUAGCACUGGGUCUGGUCCCUAAUUGGGUAAUGCAGGCACUGGCUCAGGACCUUGCCCACACGGUUAAUUAAGCAACAAAGGCCACAAGUCUGUGUGUGUCUGAAGUUCAGCCUUCACUCCUGUUGCUGUUCUACUCCCGGAGACUUUGGGUCUCACGCUAAACUUGAGAGCAGGGUCAGUGAUCCUGUUCCUUCCACUUGGAAAGUUGGUACUGCCCUGUUACACAAAUGCAUAAAUGUUCAUGUGAAUGGGAAACAGUAAACAUUCUCCAUACCAGUUCCUA